UUUGGGUUUUUUGCCCUCAGCAGCACCCCGGGGGCGGGUCUACCCCGCGGGUAUCCGCCCCUAUUUCCACACAUUCCCGAAUGCCAUUGGUUUGCGCCCAGUCAGCCAAGCUUGGAUCUGAUUGGUAGUGAGAGCUUAUUACCGGAAGCAACGCUUUUGAAAUCUGGCGCUAAAUUAUUUGAGGACUGAAGACGGGAUGUUGCAGGAUUUUUAAAGUGGGAUUUAGCUGCAUUGCUGAGAAAGAAAAGAUGGAAGACUUUUGGGUGAAAUCCAUUGAACAGUCAUUAAGGAAAGAAAGGGAUGGGCGAGUUGAACGUCAGAUUCAUGUCUUGAAAGGCGAAACUCAUGAAGAUUUCAUGAGAACCUAUGUUGAUGUUCUGCAUCUCCAGGGCAGAGGUUACUUCAUUUCCCGGAAGUCCAGAUCACCAAAUCUAAUUCAGUGGAAAUGUGAGCGUGGAAACAAAGCAUCUGGUGCUUCAAGCGGCAAUCCUGAGAAAACAAGAGCCAAUUCUUGUCCAGCUUAUGUUUCAUUUCAGUUUGUCACAGAUAACAAUAUUUCUGGAUGCAUAGUUAGGGUAUUGGCUGAGCACAGUGGACAUGACAUUUCAAAUUCCCAGGAAGAUGGAGUAAAUCGUGUGGAUGAAGAUUUACUGAAUUACAUACAUGAGUGUCUCUCACAGGGACUUUCAAAUUCAGAGAUACUGUUAAGAACUGUGAGGUGGUUUCGCACAUAUGGCAAAAAUGACCUCAGAGACAGAAGAUAUUUUCUCACUCAAAAGGAUAUCACUGGAAUCCGUGCUGGUUUCAAUGCCAGACAGAGAUUUGACAGAAACGACAGUAUAUCAGUGGACAGAUUAAUAAAAGCAGAUCUGCAGGACAGCAUACUCUAUUACCAGCCUUUAUCCCACAAGGAACAUCAGCCACUAAUUAUUGUGUUUAGUUCUCAGUGGCAGCAGGAACAGUGCAAACAGUUUGGAUCUUCAAUGAUUUUUGUUGAUGCAACUUACAAAGGUGUUACUCAGUAUGGAUUCGCAUUCUAUGCAGUGCUUGUGAAAACCUCGGAGGGGAAAGGAGUCCCUGUUGCCUUUUUUGUAAUGAGUGAAGAAUCCACAAGCAACAUUGAAAUCUGUCUGAGGAAACUCCAGGAGGCAGCUAACCUUUUCACCCCAAGGUGUGUAAUGGUGGACAAGGAUAUCAAAGAAAUCAACGCAAUCAAAGCUGUGUUUCCUCAUUCAGCAGUACUAUUAUGCUGGUUUCAUGUGCUUCAGGCUGUACACCGGUGGCUUAUUAGGCGUGAUGGAGGUCACUUGAACACUUCAGCUAGAAAUAUGGUGAUUAAAGGCAUGGUGUCCUUAAAACAAUGCACGAGUGCAGAAGAGUUCCAGAAAAUGUCAGAGGACCUGCUUGCAAGAAUAGAAACAGAAACACAGAGCACUCAAGUCUGUGAUUACCUUCGCAAGAAUUGGCUGACAAAUGCAGAAAUGUGGUCAAAUUUUGGACGUUUGUUUUAUCACCACCAAAGUGAAACAAACAAUGUCGUUGAGAGAUUUUUCCUAGGCCUCAAGUACGGUUUCUUCUGUGGCUAUUCAAACAAAAGAGUUGACGAUCUUCUCCGUUUGCUGAAUGAUGACGUUGUGCCGUACUACAAGCAUUUGGGAGAUCUGCAGGCUGCUGGCAGAACAAAUUCAAAAUCUCCCCAGGAUGUGUCUGAAGCUGCACAAAGGAUGAAAUCUAAUGGACUUGGCCAAAGUGUGACCUACAACUCAGAAGGCCAGUUUAGCAUUCCCUCAGAGACCAUUCCUGGUCAUGUGUAUUCUGUGAACUUGGUUUAUAUGACUUGUGAUUGUAAAUAUGCUUUAAAAGGCAAUGUGUGUAAACAUUUAGAGUUUGCAAAGAUGAUUUCUGCUGAAAAUGGAACAGAGGUUGAGGACAUACGCCAACGGGUGGCAAAUGCACUCUGGACAGCCCAAGAUUACACUGUGCAUAUGAACUCUGUUAUAGUGGACAGUGGUACACAGCUAGGCAUUGUAAACAUGGAGACAGAAAAAUGCUCUUGCUUGACAAGUAGCUUAGGAGAGGCAUGUGUGUGCUUGAAGGUGUUGUGGAACUUAACGCAAAAGGCUCAUACGGAGGAAUCAAAUCCACCUGAAAUAUCAAAACCAAAUGAUCACACGUAUUCAAUGGCAAAUCAGGCACAGACACUGCAACCAAAUUCAUCAAAGUGGUGUAUAAAGAAAUUAGUGACUGAUUUAAAUGAAUGGUGUAAUAGCACAGACUACAAGCCAUCCCUUGAUAUGUUUUCAGCAGUGAAGCAUGCUCACCACAUAAUGUUUGGGAAAUACACUAGGAUUUGCAGAAAAAGAAAGAUUGAGAGACUCCAUCCUUACAGAAAAUCUAUCGAGUUGUCUAGAAAGAGAGCUUUGAAUGUGCACAACUAUCAGCUUGCAAAACCUGGUAAGAGACUUCUUUAUACUUCCCGUCCAGAUUCGACCUUCCAAAAGAAACGGGGAAAGCCUUCCAGCAACCGUGCAAAGUCAAUGAGGGAUGUCUACACAAAAGACUGAGAAUCCUACUAUUAGUGCUACUAGCUCCAAUUGCUUAUAGCAAAUUUUGAUGUAAUCUGUAUGUAACUUUUAAAAUGAACUGUCUUUGUAGUUUAAAACCUCA